UAAAAGGUUCUAUAGUUAUAUAAUGUAAUCCAUAGAAUAAAUAUCUUAUUGAAUUGACAUAUUUUGAUAAUCAAACAAUUUAAACAGCUGAUUUUGUGAUUAAUAAUUAAUCUUUAAUUUACAUUCUUGAAACGAUAAAGAAUGAAUGAUAAAAACACAAAGAAAAUAGUAAAUAUUCUAAUUUAAGUCGCAUAUGAUUAGAUAUGUGUUACAUCAAGAAUUUGUUAUUUGUGGGAAUAUUUACACUGUAUUGUUCCAUAAUUUUUGGGCAGAUCAUUAAAACCCCACCAAAACCAACUCCUUAUCAUGAUUGGGACUAUUUAAUUUUCUCACAACGCUGGCCAUUGACAACUUGUACAGAAUGGGAACAAGCAAAAAAGGAUAACACAUGUAACUUGCCUAAGGAUAAAUCACUAUGGACCAUUCAUGGAGUGUGGCCAACAAAGAUAGGCCAUGAAGGACCUCUAUUCUGUCCCUCAGCCAUUCACUUUAAUCCAGACGAACUCACUCCAAUACUUGAUGAUCUGAAGGAUCAUUGGGUUAAUGUUGAGGGAAAUACUAAACCAAACUCGUUCUGGGCGCAUGAAUGGAACAAACAUGGAACCUGUGCUUCCAUAUUGCCCCAGUUUGACAGUGUACCAAAUUAUUUUCGGAUGGGUUUAAGAUUUAAUGAAGAAUAUGAUUUAUACAGUGUAUUAUCUAAAGGAGGGGUUAUUCCUAGUAAUGAUGGAUAUGACAUCGCGAAAAUUUAUGAUGUUCUCAAGCAAUACUUAAAUAAGGAACCAACUAUCCAAUGUAUUGUAGAUAAAAAAACGAAGGAAUCAUUUUUAAGUGAAAUUCGCAUCUGUUUUAAUAAAACCUUAGAUAUUAUAGAUUGUAAUCAAUCAAACAAAACUUAUGGAAAUAAUUAUGGAGUAACAACUAAUUGUAAUCUUAAGAAGACAAUUCAAUAUAUAUCAAGUAUAUCAACAUCUGCAAUAGAAAAUGAUGAAUCAGAUAUUUUCGUGCUUAUGGAUCAGUCUUAUGAAAAUCUGAAACGUUUAACAUGGUUAUAUGACUUUAUAAACACAUUGAGAUGGUUAACUUUGUAGCAUUGGAUAAUCUUAAUCAGAACUAAAAACUUAGCUAAGCCUUUUUUUGUAAAUUGUAGGAUUACCAAUACCAGAAUAGUAUUUAAGUUUAUCCUUUAAAAAUAAAGUUUGUAAUAAACUA